CCUUCCUUCCUUGGAAUAAGACGCUUGGCUGGUCCGCGCGCAGGUGAAUGCAUGGAGGUAUGAAGAGCGGUGCCAUGUACGACUACACUGCAUCGCCCCGCGGAAGCAAGCCACUGAGUCGCCCUACGAGCUCAGUCGCGCGGACGACAGCGCUCAAGCGCCAGGUCGCACGCGACGCGACCCCGUCGCCCUCUGCGCGCCGAGCGCCGGUCGUUCUUGACGACGACGACGACCGCGACUCGAUCAGCAGCCACAGCUCGAGUGUAAGCCAUCGGUACGGGUCUAACUUUAAGGUCGUGAUCCGCGUCCGGCCGCCGCUGCCGCGCGAGCUCCAGAGCGACAAGCCGUUCCAGAACGUCGUGGCCGUGGACCCGUCGGGGCACUACCUCAGCGUCUCGGAUUCGUCGCACCCGCCGGACGACCCGUCGCUUCUCAACGCCGGCUCGUCGUACAGCAACCACUCGUUCUCGUUCGACCACGUGUACGACCAGCACAGCACACAGCGCGCCGUCUACGAAAACACAGCCAAAGCGGUCGUCGAGUCGUCGCUCGAAGGCUACAACGCGACGAUCUUUGCCUAUGGGCAGACGGGCACGGGCAAGACGUACACCAUGGAGGGCUUCAACUCGAGCGGCGGCAGCUCCUUGGAGGAUCGGGGGAUCAUUCCGCGCGCGAUCGAGCAGAUCUUCCUGCAUAUUCAGGCAAAUGUGAGCGCUCGCAUGCGCUUCCUCGUGCGCGCGUCGUACCUCCAGAUCUACAACGAGUCGAUCUCGGACCUCCUCAAGCCCGAGCGCAACAACUUGACGAUCCGCGAAGACAAGAAGCGGGGCGUGUUUGUCGAAGGGCUCUCCGAGUGGGUCGUGCGGUCGCCAGAGGAGAUUUACGGGCUCAUGGAGCGCGGUGGCGCGAUGCGCGCGACGGGCAGCACCAAGAUGAACGAGAUUUCGUCGCGGUCCCACGCCGUCUUUAUCAUCAUCGCCGAGCAGAGCCAGACCAUGUACGUCGACACGACCGGGAAGGAGAUCGCGCUCGAGGAGUUCACAGCGCUCGUCAACUCGCAGCCAACGCGAGACCGCACCAAACUCGAGUCGCUCGUGCGUCAGAGCUUCAAGGUCGGGAAGCUCAACCUCGUCGACUUGGCCGGCUCGGAGCGCGUCCGGCUUUCGGGUGCGACCGGCCAGCGCCUCGAAGAAAGCAAGAAGAUCAACCAGUCGCUCUCGGCCUUGGGAAAUGUCAUCGCGGCGCUCACCGACGCGCGCGGGCGGCAGCACAUUCCGUACCGCGACUCGAAGCUGACCCGAAUUCUCGAAGACUCGCUCGGCGGCAACUGCAAGACGACCAUGAUGGCGAUGAUCUCGCCGGCGCUCGAGGCGAUCGUCGAGUCGCUGUCGACGCUCAAGUUUGCCAACCGCGCGAAAAACAUCAAGAACGAAGCGCGCGUCAACGAAGACUUGGACCAAAAAUCGCUCCUGCGCAAGUACGAGCGCGAGCUCAAGCGGCUCCGCGCCGAGUUGGAGGAGAAGAACCGGAACGUCGUCGAUAAGCGGCGGCUCCUCGAGCUCGACGAGCAGCGCCGGCGCGCCGAGGAAGACAAGAUGGCCGCGAUCCGCGCGCUGGAGCAGCGCAGCCUCGAGUUCAUGCUCGAGAAGGAAGAGAAGAAGAAGCUGGAGCAACGCAUCAUCAUGCUCACGUCGCAGAUGCUCAUGAGCCACCAAAAGAAGCCGCCCACGUCGACGUCGUCGACGGAAAGCACCGAGUUUUCGACCGAAGACCCGCAGUUUCGACUCGCGUUGAAAGAGCAGCAAGACCGGAUUCGCAAAGAGUACGAGUGUCGACUGGCCGACUUGGAGAAGGAGCGCGAGACGAUCGAAGAAGAGAAGGCGCAGGUCGAUCGGUACAAGCAGCUCUUGCUCAAGCAGCGAGACAUAAUGAUUGCGCUCACGCAGCGCCUCAACGAGCGCGACGAGCAGAUCAUGGCGCUGCAGGACGAGCUCGAUGCGUACGACCGGCACCAAAAGGCGCUCGAAGAAAAGCUCGACGAGAAGACGGCGCAGCUCAUCCACUUGCAGCGGGUGACGAUGGAGCACAACGCGACGUCGCCCAACAAGAACGCCGAGCUCAUCAAGGCGCUCGGCGAGUGGGGCUUCAAGCAGCAGCGGCCGUCGCCCGAAGGAAGCGCGAAGCAGUACGUGCCGUACGAGCGUCCGACUGUCUACAAUUCGGCCAAGCUCGAUAACAAUGCGACGCCGCCAAAGGACCGGCUCUUGUCGGCGGACGAGAAGAUCGCCGAGCUCCAUUGCGUGCUCGAGGCGCAGACGGCCGAGUACAGCCGCGCGCUCAAAGAGCUCGAAGACGUCCGGUCCGAGAAGGUCUCGGUCGAGUACGCGAUGCGCGAAAAGAUCGAGUCGUCGGCCGUGCGGGACGCCAAGCACGUCGACCUCCAGAGCCGCUGCGACACGCUCACGAAGGAGCGCAAGGCGGUCCAGACCAUCAUGGAGCAGAAGAUCAAGGCGCUCGUCGACGCGAUCGCGCGAGCGAGUGACGCAACGCUCGAGACCGCCGGCGGCGUCGACCGCGUUGGCGAGCCGGCCAAGUGGCUCUGCCGCGAAGUGCACGCGCUGCAGCGGCUCGUCAACGCCUCGAUCGUCGCGCUGCGCAACGCCAACAGCAACGACCCGCCGCCGGCGCCCGAAGCCAGCAAGCCCUCGACGUAUACGACCGGCGGGCUCUCGGUCGAAGAGCUCAUCCAGAAACGGCGCCAGCAAAUGCAAAAGGACAAGCUGCACCAGUCCCACAAAUAAGAACUUGAAUAGAUUGUGCAUAUUUAAUACGAAGA